AUAAAGACUAAGUAGUUUGAAAAUGGAAAACCAAGAAACAGCGGAUCCUUCUCAAAAUACCAAACAGUCUAUUAUUUCAGAGGAGGAACCAUUGCAAUGGAUAAAUUUUAAAUCCUUCGCCUUGGAACUCUGACCUUGACAUCUUCCUGCAGUUGUUUACGAUUUAAAAAUCUUUCCAUGUUGUCUGUGAAUAGAUCUGCUGAUAAAUAUUAGGUUGCUGCUGGCCAGAAGUGAAAGAUAGGAUAGUGAGAAAAAAGCUACUGCUUUAUGUCCGCAGUGACUCUCUUCUGUCAGUUCAGUAUAGUGCCGUAGUUAAUUUCAGAAGGAAAAUGGGUCAAGCUUGAAAAAACAACGUACAUGGAUCCUACUGGGAAAAUAAGAACUUGGGAAACUGUGAAACGUACAACCAGGAAAGGACAGUCGGCUGAUGGCGUGGCGGUCAUCCCAGUGCUGCAGCGGACUCUUCAUUACGAGUGCAUCGUUCUGGUGAAGCAGUUCCGGCCACCGAUGGGAGGCUACUGCCUAGAAUUCCCUGCAGGUCUCAUCGAUGAUAAUGAGAGCCCAGAAGCAGCGGCUCUUCGGGAGCUUGAGGAAGAAACUGGCUACAAAGGUGAUGUUGCAGAGUGUUCUCCAGCUGUAUGUAUGGAUCCAGGUCUGACAAACUGUACCACACACAUCGUGACGGUGACUAUUAAUGGGGAUGAUGCUGAAAACGUGAGGCCUAAGCCGAAGCCAGGAGAUGGAGAAUUUGUCGAAGUAAUUUCCUUACCAAAGAAUGACCUGCUGAAGAGACUUGAUGCUCUGGUAGCUGAAGAACAUCUGACCGUGGACGCCAGGGUCUAUUCCUACGCUCUGGCACUGAAACAUGCAAACACGAAGCCGUUUGAAGUGCCUUUCCUGAAGUUUUAAGGCCAAAGGACAGUAGCCAUGUUUUUAUAAAUAAAACCACCAGGCCUCCUUCACUAAGACUUUGUAUUCAGCUUAGCUUACUGUAGACUUGAAAUUAGCUUUUUUCAUUAAAUAAAAGCAACACAGAAUACAUGUGGUGAUACGGAAUUGUAA